UUUCAACAACAGUGGCUGAAUAAGGAAAAGCUGGCCCAGAGGCUUAUUGAACUAAUUCACCCGGAGAGAGAUGAAGAGAGACAAUCCAAUGCGUCUCAAACUUUGUGUGACAUCAUUCGUCUAAGCAGAGACCAGGCCAAUCAGCUUCAAGAACUCUCACAGCCUGACCCUUUGCUUACUGUGGUCGAGUCCCAGGAAUGUGUGCAGCAAUUGCUGCAAAAUAUGUUUUCGGGAGAGAGGACUGAGAGCUGCAUUGUAAACGGUAUCCAAGUACUUCUCACCUUGCUGGAAAUAAGGAGGCCUGUGGUGGAUGGUAUAUUGGAUGGUCAGGGAUUUGAAAGAAGUUAUAUGGUUAACAGCAACAUUUUGUUGGCUAUCCAACCAAAUCUUGCAGACUUUCACCACCUACUUCUGGAGCCACCUAAGAAAGGAUCAAUGCUGACCACCAUGGGAGUCUUGAAGGAACCACUGGGAAACACACGCCUGCAUGUAGCCAGACUAGUUGCGUCUCUGCUCUACACCAGCUCUGCGAGCCAUGCAGUAAUAGCCCAGGAACUUUGCAGACUUGAUACGAUGAAUCUGCUUCUGGACCUGUUUUUUAAGUACACAUGGAACAACUUCCUGCACCUCCAAGUGGAGCUUUGUGUUGCAGCCAUUCUCCGGCCUUGUGUCCACGAAAUGGGGUUUCAGUCCGCUGUGGCAUCCCAGGAGGACAUCCCUCCGUCACAGGAUACGUCACCAGCACAGCUAUCUCAGAAGCCCGCAUCUGAAUCCUCAAUUGUGUCUGAAAACUCUGAGUAUAACCUAAUGGUGACUUAUUUGUUCCAACACUGUCACCUUGUCCAGAGGAUUCUAACGGCCUGGGAAGAGAAUGAUAAAACACAAUCAGAGGGUGGUAUGAGGAGAGGGUAUAUGGGACAUCUGACCAGAAUUGCUAAUACGGUUGUCCACAAUCUGGAGAAGGGGCUCAUUCACAUGCAGAUAAGUGGCCUUAUUGCAGAGCUACCAGAGGACUGUCGAAAAAAAUGGGAAACCUUUGUGGACCUAACCUUGUCAGAGACCAAUAGGAAGAAUAGCAUAGACCUGAUUGGAACAGGAAAUCCUCGUUCUUCCUCAGAGGACGAUAUGGAGAGCCCUUUUCCUAAAGAGCUGACACUACAGCAGGCAUUUUCAGACUACCAGAUUCAACAGAUGACGGCAAACUUCGUGGAUCAGUUUGGCUUCAACGAUGAGGAGUUUACCGAGCACGAUGACAGCAUUGUAGCAACAUUUGACCAGAUUGCAGAAAUAAAUAUCAACAUUAAGUCAAGCCAGGACAGUGCUAACACAGACGUUUUUAGGGCUUGUUGCAAGGAGAAGAUUCUGCCCUUUGACGAUAGUGAGGAGGACAUAUGGGAGGACAAAAAGAUUAACUAUGCAACACAGACCAAGUCCAGAAACAGGUUCGGCGGUUCACAAUCCUCUCAAUGCCAAGGUGCCAUUAAGACCCCUGACCAGACAGUCCUGUCUGGAAACGAAGCCUCUGUCAGAGCAGCAUGCUCAGAUUCAGAGAAAGAAGAGGAACGAAAGGAAGGAGCUGAUCCUUUCUUAGACCGUGCCACUGGCUGGGUUGCGGACUUUGCAGAUACAAACUUAAAGGCUCCAGAUGCUGGAUAUGACUUUUCAGCUUGGGACAAUCCAGUCACCCAACCAGCUGCCGCUGAUGCGGAGGAGAAAGGUUGGGCCAAAUUCACUGAUUUCCAGCCUUUUUGUUGCUCUGAAACAGGUCCCCGCUGUAGUUCUCCAGAAGACUCAGAGCUUGGUGGAUCAGACGGCACCAAAGCAAACCAAAACCGUGAGUCACUCCAGCAGGGUUUCUCAUGUGUUUGGAGUGUGUGCGUCGCUAGAAAAGCUCCACUAGUGGCAUCCGACUGCUCUUUCUCCAGCAGCUCUGACAGUGAUGAAGACGAAAGCAAGACGACGUCUGCGUCCAACAGGACAGUCACCACAGAAGCCAUCACAACUGACUCCGGCAAGAAGACUUCCGGACUAAGUGUGGAUGCGAAAAAGAAUACUGAAACUGUUAAGAUGCCCAUCAAAGGGCUCUCUGCGAUGGGAACAGGAAGUGCGAAUAAGAAUGAAAGUGAACCGAAAAAGACACACACAGAUGGUUCCGACCGAACUGCUGCCAGUCCGUCCGACCAGACUGUUGUCACUCAGUAGACAGAUGCCACCCUCUGCUAACGAACCAGCCGAUUGAUUGCUGAUGUACAGGGGAACAGUGUUUUGUGUGUGUGUGUGUGUCACACUGUCAUUCCCAUGACACCUUUGCAUCCUGUUAAAAAGGUGUUCACCUCCAUUCUUUUUUGUGUUGAAAGGAAAGUGAAUAGAGAACUCGCGCAUGAGACAGUAAGGAUUUUUGCUGCACUCAAUAACAUUGAAUGAUCCUUAAACACCGAGGAGAUUUGUGUCUCUUUAACCUUGUCAGACCCCAAAGGACCGUAUGUGAGCGAGCUAUUCUGGUCAUUUCAUUUCACAGACGAAUGAGAGCCAUAUCACAAUUUUACAAUAGUCGUUAGUUCUUAAAAAAAAAGUCGCACUGCUGGUAAAGCUGUGAGGUUCCUAGCAUGUCAUAGCUAGUAGCGGGCGACCGGCGUUUAGAGAGAUCAUAGUAGGCAUUUCUAGUAAAGCGUUUUACUGUUAACAUUUUUUUUUUUUUUUUUUUGUACUUGAAGGUGUGAGCCAAAGUUACGACCGCUAGUUGCUUACGAGGACGACAAAGCUAACUUCCAUGUGUCCCCAUCCUUUAGCCCAGUACUUAAUACUCAAAUAGUGGGGCGGCUUAAAUGAUAACAAGCCUCCAGUCACUAGGUGGCAGCAACUCCUACAGAUAGGUUUGUAAACGGCAUAGAACAACAUUAUAGCACCGCCAUUUUGAAUAGAGAAUAUGGAUUCAUCGUAGGCCGAGAGAAUCUAAGUUCAAGCCAUGCUUCAACUCAUGCCGCCAAAUAAUAAACUUUCCAAAUCAUUUUUAAAUUGUAUAAUAUAUAUACAAUAUAUAAAACAGAAAGCCCUGUGUGACACGUGAUAUGGUGAUAACUUUACCUCUUUUUUUUUUUUUUUUUACAUUUAACAUUGUCAGCUUUUUAUUUUCUUUUUAUUCACCUGGUGGCAUUUCGUGUAACCUCUGACCCUAUAAAAGUACAGUAGGGAUUGUGAGUAGUGUAUGUGUUCCAAGGUUGUAUUCUCAGGUCUAAGGAGAAAAAAAACAAACAAAAAAGAAACACAGUUGUAAAAACAUAUUCGUGUAAUUCAGUGAUGCGCCCAUACUGCUUCACAUCACCCCGACAACUGUCAACAACGAUUGUGGAGUUAAAAUGUUUAUUAGGUCGUAGCUAAUCUUGCUAAUAUGUAAACAUAAUAUAGAUGCGGUAUAUACAUAUGUGAACAUUAUCUAUUUUUGGAAUAAAUUCAAUGUAUGAAUAGGAUGUUUUUUUGUUUUUGUUUUUUUUUUUUGCAGUUAGCUCUGUCUGUCUGUUUAUCUGUGUUGCCGAAACAUAGAAAUUUGAUGCAUUGGUCACAGGAUAAAAAAAGCUCAAGAGUUUUAACUAUUAAUUUUGAUGCCAUUUAUUUGUGAUGUUUUUUUUUUUUUGCUUUGUUAUUACGGACAUUGCGUUUUAAAAAACCUUAUUUACAUGCGUUAAGUUUGUCCUUCGAGAUACAUUUGAGUGGCAUAAAUUAGGUUGUGUAUUUAACCAGAAUUAUCCGAUAAGAUUUUGUCAUGCUUUCAUUUAUUUUUGCCUUGUCUCUUGCUUUUCAGGGUAGGGGUUGAUUUUAGUUACAUUUAUUUCGA